CGGCUUAGCGCGACGGUCCUGUCCAAUUUUGACUAGCGCCGGUAUUACUAACACACGCGUCCAUUACUGCCGUCCCGGUUUUAUAAUGCGCUUUUAGUGAUAUCACUUGUGCAUCGAUGUGGUUAUAAUAGUGAUUAUUGGAUUUUACAAUCAGGUUUUCAGUGCGAUAAAGCAGGACAUUUGGAUCUCUUUUGGAUUUGUUUUUUUUUUUAUAUUAAAGUGUAAACUUGUGUGCCAUUUACAAUGCUUAGUGUUAAUUGUGAUAGUGAAGUGUAACGUAUGAUUAGAUUGCUGUCUGAACGAUAAUGUCGAAGACUUUGAACGCCUACAGAAUAAAGAAGAUCGAAUCACUGGGCAGGAUGACGGCUAUGACGCAAGAGGAGAUGGUGGCUGGCGCGCGAACCGUGGCCGCUGGCCUCGAGGCCCUGCGAGCUGAACACUCGCAGCUUCUGGCCGGACUGGCGGCAAACUCCGACAGCGACGACCAGAAGGCGGCGCUCGUGAAGAAGAGCAUCGACGCCAUCGAGCUCGGACUCGGAGAGGCUCAGGUAAUGAUGGCGUUGGCUUCCCAUCUGCAAUCAGUGGAAGCCGAAAAACAGAAGCUUCGCACUCAAGUGCGCCGGCUGUGUCAGGAGAACGCCUGGCUUCGAGAUGAGCUGGCUGCGGCCCAGCAGAGACUACAGGCCUCAGAGCAACGCGUGUCACAGCUGGAGGAGGAGAACAAACAUCUGGAGUUCAUGGCGUCGAUACGUAAAUACGACAGUGACAUAACAGAGGAGAACGACACGAGCCGCAGUUCACAGGGUGACAACAAGCGUGACGAUCCCAUGGGAGACCUGUUCCCUGAUGAUGACCACGAGGAGGCCAGAAACAACAAAUCGAUGUCGCCAACGCCGCAGUCCCAGUUUGCGCAGCAGGUGACAGCGGGUUACGAAAUCCCGGCAAGACUCCGCACCCUUCACAACCUGGUGAUCCAGUACGCGUCGCAGGGCCGCUACGAGGUAGCGGUGCCGCUGUGCAAGCAGGCACUCGAGGACUUGGAGAAGACGUCGGGCCACGACCACCCAGACGUCGCCACCAUGUUGAACAUACUGGCGCUCGUCUACAGGGACCAGAACAAGUACAAAGAAGCAGCCAAUCUGCUGAACGACGCGCUGUCCAUCAGAGAGAAGACCCUGGGCGAGAACCACCCAGCCGUGGCCGCCACUCUCAACAACCUGGCCGUGCUCUAUGGAAAGAGAGGUAAGUACCGCGAGGCUGAGCCGCUGUGCAAGCGUGCACUGUGCAUCCGAGAAGCUGUCCUGGGCCGCGACCACCCCGAUGUGGCCAAGCAGCUCAACAACCUGGCGCUGCUGUGCCAGAACCAGAACAAGUAUGGUGAAGUGGAACAGUAUUACCAGCGUGCGCUGGAGAUCUACGAGACAAAGCUGGGUCCGGAUGACCCCAACGUCGCCAAGACCAAGAAUAAUCUGGCCUCGUGCUAUCUUAAACAGGGCAAGUACAAGGAAGCGGAGACUCUCUACAAGCAGGUGUUAACGAGAGCACACGAGAGAGAGUUCGGGACCAUCGAUGGUGACAACAAGCCGAUAUGGCAGGUGGCGGAGGAGAGAGAGGAGAACAAACUGCUGCAGAAAGAGAACGUGCCGUACGGAGACUACGGGGGCUGGCACAAGGCUGCCAAGUUCCAGGUCGACUCACCAACUGUCACCACGACGUUGAAGAAUCUGGGCGCGCUGUACCGCCGCCAGGGGAAGUACGAGGCGGCUGAGACCCUCGAAGAUUGCGCACUCCGCAGCAGGAAGGAGGCCGCAGCAGACGGUCUGAAGCAGGGGAGAGUGCGCAGCGCGCGAGGACUCCGUGACUCCAUGGAGAACGAUACCGAGGACUCAAUGAUGAUGCAUGAAGCGCGCAAGCUCCCUGUGCGAGCUCAGUAAAGCAGCAGUUCCCAGCAAUGAUCCAGCGACACCCAGCCAUGACCCAGCAACACCCAGCAAGGACGGGAAGCGGUAGCUAAGGCGAAGCAGACGCAGUGUCCUUGUCGAAUAUGUUACAACCACAUUCGUCAGAAUACUUGCGUUGAAAACAUGUUGAUGGAUCGAAUGAGUUUAAAUAUGGGUACUUACAUAAUAUUUCUUAAUACUGAUAAUAUAAAUAUGGUAUCUUUUUAGAAUUAAUACCUAAUGUCCUUAGGCAACUAAAUAUAAACAAAAAUUUAUUUGUUGUUAAAUUUUUCCUGAAUGUCUACGAGCACUUGAAAUUAAGAAUAGUCUUGUACUACACGGUAUAUAACCCCCGUGCGGAACAGGGUUGAAACCUUAAAUCAUUUAUACGUCUAGAUACACUGUGACAGCUGUUAAAACGUCGAAAAAAUUGAGGUUAGCAGUUAUUUUGAGCAAUGCGACGCAACUAACACAAUGUGAGAUACAAAACGUAAGACGUAACUUGUCACGCACAGUCGCUGUCUUGUCGUAGUUGUCUAACAGCAAGAGGCUCUAUCUAGGCGUGUAAAUUAUCUAAGUUUGAAACAUUAAGCGUCGUUGAUUGGUGAUUUCAGAAGUAUGAAAAUACUGGACAUGACGUCACUUAAGUGGCGACCUGUAUUGUGUCGCUCGGGAGUCAUACACUCUUAUCGCUAAUGUCGUAAAGCUCCAAGAGUGAGAUUGUAAUCGCACAAAAUUGUAUACUUAGCCUAAACACAUGAUCGGAUUUGGUCCAACCGAACCGGAUGCGGUCUGGUAGCGGACUAUGUCCGAUGGUAUGUCGCCAAAUUAAUUGUUGCGAUGCGCCUACCUACGGCCAUCGACCAUUUGAUAGUCCGGCCGGACAAAUCCGAUUAUAUGUUUAGGCUAUAAGAUUAGGACUGUAUAAAUCAGUUUUUUAUGUCGCUGGUCCAUAUUUUGGCUAUUUUGAAGCGGCUGUUAACAUUAAAAAAAAUUGUAUGUGGAAAAUAACAGAAUUAUUCCGAAAGUUUUUAAAUAACCUGCCUAAAAUUAUAGACAUAAUACAAAAAGAUGCUACGUGCGUAAAUUAAUAAAUGAGGUCAAGUUAGCCUGUCGAUUUAUGAAUGAAAUUGUGGAUUGUAAGGACUCACACAAUAAUGACCAUUGAAGUUUGUCCAUGAUUUAAUAUUUUCGUGGGAUAUUAUUUUUCUCAUAAAUGUGUUCGGUAAUGGUACUGAACGAUAAACCAGUUUUUUUUGGCGAUUUUAAAAACACGGUUUAAUUAUUUUAAAUGAAUACCGUUUAGCAAAAAGAGUAACAAUAGUUAUUGACGGUCAUGUUCAUAGAAAAUAUUUGCACACUAAAUAAAAAUUAUUAGUAAUACGCACUUAUUUAUAUAUUUUAUAACAGUUACGUACGAUACCUAAGCUGAAAUGAUAUUACACUCAUACCUACCGUCAAUUUUCUUUACUUACUACUUAGUUAUGAGUCCUUGUUGAUGUGCCCUUCGACUUGGUUUCAAAUUACCAACAAAUUUACUAUUUCUGUGAGUGUGUCGUAGAAAUGUUUUGUUUUUAAAAACAGUUAUAGUUUAUAUUAUUGUAUUGAUUCACUUUUACAAAUGGACUAAGUAGCUUAAAUACCAUUUUAAUAGAACAAGUAAAUUCUAUUGUGAUUUAUCUAUGAAAUGAAAUCUAUGUGUAAGUCGCUUCGCAAAAUUAAGAACUAUUAUAAUAAUAAUUAUCCUGAUUAUAUUAAGGAGCAAAUGAAGACAAAAGCUUUUAAAUUGGUAUGAUAUAUUUACAUACUGUCAAGUAUUUAAAGCUUUGUGAUAUUAGCAAACCAUGGGUAGUGAAACCUAUAAAAAUGACUUCUGAUUUUUUGAUUGAAUCAAUUUUAGAGGCAGACCUCAUAAAUAACCAUAGCCAAAAAUCGUCUCGAUCGCAUUAGCUUUCAAACAGAAAAACUGUUAGGUUAAAAAGCACCGGAGGCGAAAGAAGGUAAGUAUAUCACAAAAAAAAGGAAAUCAAUUAGAAAAACCGCAUUUAAAUAUGUCCAUCUAAGACGGUUAUUACGUCAAAAAUAUAUAAGUAGGUAUUUACAAGAUCGCCCAUACAUUGUGCUUUCAAAUGCAUUUUGUGUGAAAUUAUAAUACGAACGGAGCCAUAACUAUCCAAAUUAUGUAAUUAUUUAUUGAGUGUAAAUUCCGCUAAGUUUUGUAAAGACAAAACUUAGUCAAUCAAUUCGACACGUGUUUCGUCUCUACACGGGGCAUCCCAAGGAGCUGUUGACUCGCCAAAUUCUGGCAUGAGACUUUGGCGACUGAACUUGACCAGUAAACAUCUCCUUCAUUAGCGAAAUUUACACUCAAUAUAAUCAUUUGGAUGAAAUUAUAAAACUAGUAAACAAGAUGUUUUCUGUUUAUAAAAUUUUCUGCUUCUAUUUAUAAGAAUUAGGCGCCACGAGGCAGUAUUAUCUGAUAUGGUAUUUAUAAUUAUGAGCAUGGACUAAACGUUGGAACGUUACAUAAUUUUAUAAAGUACACGUAAUAAUAACAUAAAUUUAAAUAAAUAAUUGAUUUCUGUAUUCACAAACAGCAAAGACCACAAUGUCUUGCAACGUUGUACAAAAAUCAACACACCCCAAUUACAUACUUAAACGCUUAAUUUUAAGAGCUACGUUCGCUUAGCUGGCUUAAAAGUAAAGCCGUGUCAAAUGGAACACAAUCUCUAGAUACUUAUCUAUUUAUUACUAUGGGCCGUAUUCUAGAAUAAGCUUCCAGUAGAAUCAUGUCAUGGAUUUCUUUUUUACAUUCCAUUAUAAAGAAAUUGAAAGACAAAAAACGCGUAGACUGUAGGUAUUCGUUUCCAAAGGAACUUCAACACUCCUGUUAUUUAUCUCGUGUUGCUUGCGACUAGGGUUACCAUUUAAUAAUUUGAACAGUCCUGACAAAAGGCUUGACAUUUCGAUAAAAGUCCGGACUUUUUAAUUCAUCUCUUUGAGAUUUAAUUUCUUGUAAAGAUCAAAGUUUUAUUUGAUAUUAGAAAAUGUGUAGUUUUACAACUAAAUUCCAAUUUAUUAAAAACAAAAUCCGGGGAAGUUAGAAAAACCGAACAAAAUUCGGACUAUAGCCUAAAAGUCUGUACUGUCAUAACCAUAAUGUUAGCACCAUGAACAGACAUAAACUUAUAAUGCCUACGGCUAAGUACUUAGAGUUAGUAAGUCGUUUGUGGGGCGACGUAUAUGCUUUUAGAACAAGUUCUCAGAAAAUGUUCAAAACAAAUGUAUUACGAUAUUCAGAAGAAUUGUUAAAGAAAGCGUGUGCUAAAGGUUACUUAGUCUCUCUCUUACUCUUCCUCAGGCUAAUAAGCUUAAUUGUACGAUAGUACUUUGUAACCAUAUUUUCUAUGAAAAAAAAAGAAGAAGCCCGCUGAGUUUGUUGCACCCGUUCUUCUCAAGACUGAGGCAUACUUUUUGGAAUGGGUGGUAGUUUUCGACUUUCAAUAAGUUAUAUCACAUCCUAUUUUGAAUAAAAAUAUUUGAACUGUACAUGUCCGGAUUAGAUCGGACGGAUGGUAAACCUACUCGCGACUAGAGUUGCUAGUUUAGGCGGCGGUCAUUACCAUUUAAUAAUGGUCACCUAAUGGUGAAAUAUACACUGACUGCUCUCCACUGUCAUGUCUGUAGCGCAUUAUUUUUACAUUUAUUUAUUAUUGACGCUUAUUAUUUAUAUAAUAUCAUUAAGAAUGCUUAUUUGAUGUUUUAGAUAUUCACUUAAUGAUGUAUUUUAUCGGCAUGAUCUCGAAAAUUUUAUUAAAUAUAUAACUUUAAUGAGA